AUGUCGGAGGAAUUUGACUGGCUUUCCCGUCUGGGCCGUUAUCUUCCCAUUUCCUUGGCUAUGCGGGGGGUGCGACGAGUUCGAAAGGCCCUCAAAACCCAGUUUUCGAAGGAGGAAAAGAUACCCGAAAAUGUUGUCGAAGAAGUGAUCACUGGUCGUCCCCAGAUUUCACUCCCUUGGCCUGUUGCAGACUACGACACCUGGAAAUACCGAGGCGGGCCACCAUUAGAAAGAUACUAUCGCGGACAGGAAUCCCCAUACGUGUUCGACAAAGGGGAAGUCUUCGCAAGGCCCAGUUCCUACCCGCUUGCACUGAACCCGACAUACGAGCGGCCCGCGCAUCCAUUGCAUCCAUUGGACUCCGUACCCGGACGACCACUGCCCAACGACCAGGGGGAUGAGGAGAUGCACCCUGCCACAGUUAUGGCGGUAGUAGCCUGGAUCGGGGCAAACCUAUCCCACAUACCCCACACCGUCUGCGGUCUCUCAGCCAUGGUGAUGUACGGGUACACAGCGCGCAGGGCGCGACAUGUCACCAUCCUCUUCCCAGGCCACACGCACGACGUCGUGCGCAGCUGGGCCGCCACGAAAGGCGUCGAGACCUACCCGAACAACAAGUACGAAUUCGGCGUCAGACUUCCAAACGACGGCGACAAGGUCAGGAGAGUCCGGAUCAGGUUCACCACCAGCGAAACGUUCCUCCGUCUGCCCCACACGAUUGUCAACGGAGCCGACUUCGGCGAACACGGCGCGAGGAUACUGGGCCUGUCGGCGCUGAUUAACUAUUCCGCGAAGUCAUACAUGGAGACCAGGGGCGGACCCAGGGCCAUGGCGGCGCAGAUGCAGACGGCGCAGGAUUUGACUUGGCUGGUGCACCGGCUCAUCGUUCUCCACAGGACGGUGGCGCCGGAGGAGAUGCCGCAUUUCUACAAUCCGUUGUUUUUGGAUCCGUUUGAGUGUACCUUUCCGGAUGCAAGGGAACUCUUUGUCGAAGCGCGUCUUCUCCCGGGGGAAGGAAUUGGCGGAGGUUCUCGGCCGGUAUCUUCCACGAGUAUCGACUCAGGAUUCAUGAACUACAUCCGGUACAAUGAUUUUGUGAAGGGACAAAAGAGGAGCAACAGGCUUUCAAAGAAGUUGCGGACAAAGCCGACUAGUAUAGUCGCGUCCAGGCCGCAGCCACAAGAACGGGCCUCACACGGAAGGAUCGAGGAGGGCGAGUCUUCUACGGCAGGGCAUACGGGGAAUCCGGAGGAGAAAGGAUUAAUAGGGCCGGUUCCAGUGUCCCAAAUGUUCCGAACUACGUUUGACGACGGCAUCGAGGAUUUACCUUUGUCGAGGUGGGCUGAGCCCGUGGUCAAACCGGGACCGUUGGCAGGUACAGCAUUACCUCGCUACGAGGCAAUUGCUGAGGCUCAUACCAAUUUCUUUGAGGCAGGCGAGAUCCGUGGGUGGGAUAGAGAGCGACACCGUAGUCUGGCCAUCACGGUUUCCCCCCCAGAUCACAUCUAA